AUGCAAAAAUAUACAAAACAACAGAAGGCAUACCGUGGGAAGCCUCAAAAGAAGAGUGGGUCCGACAAAAAUCAUGGCACACGUUGGGACAGCGACUUCGACAAAGAUGCGUUACAUAUUCCAAGGAAAUAUCCAGAUAAGGAUCCCAAACCUGUUGAAGAGGAGUUAGAGGGGUCUGGGGAGAACAAUCGUUCUGGUGAAGAGGAAGAGGAACGAACCUCUGUUCAAGUAUGUCACCCACUUGACGAUCACGUCCCCCCGUUCCCAGAAUACUUGCGAUUUACUCAGCGUAGACCUGGAUAUGAGGAAAAAUGGUUCCAGAUGUACACUUUGAUUCUAGAUGGUCUGCUAUCUACGGCACCCUUCGACUGGAUUGAAUCUAAUAAUCCUAUUACGGAGUGCAUCUCACCCGUCUUUCAGAUUCUUGGAGUUCCAGACAACCAUCGGGCUGUACACUUACUUCUUCCCGAAGACCUUCGACGCAUUCACCAUUGUCUGUGGGGACACGCUAACCUACAAGUAAAGAGAGGAAUGGGACUGUUCUGUCUCUCUAAUAUGACCGAAGAGACGCAUAGGAGAUACGAGAGCCUCCUCCCCACGAAUGAAACAUCAGAUGCUCGUCCAACAAAGACCAGUGUCAAAUAG